GGUCUUAAAUACCUUAAAACGAAAGUGUCAGUAAUAAUUGUAAUCUAAGGUUGUAACAGUGGCCUAAUCAACAUUAUACAAUAGUCAGAGAUAUGGUACAGUUGUAACUGGGCAAAUAGCCUCCAUGGACCAAUUUGUUGAAAAUUGGAAUGCAUUUUUCCAAGAUUUCCCCAUUACUGUGGACACUUUAAAGAAUUCCCAUGGAAUGACACAGGCUGUUCUUAAAGUUUUCAGUAAACUUGGUAUUGACAGUGAUGCCAUAUUGCAGCCACCACCUGAAGAGAGUCGUAAUGAACACAUGGUUUACUUCUGGGACUUAAUACCUAUAAUUAACAUGUCUCGUAUAGUAAAAUUUUUUAUGCCAAAAUUUGGAAUAAAAUUUACUUUUAUUCAGUUUCUUCAACCAAUUACAAAAAACACCUAUAGCAUUUUACUUAUACUGUUCAAUUUGGUACUGUUUUGUGAGCAACGCAUGGAAGAGAUUGCUCCUGCUGAAAGAGAAUUGUUUUUGCAAAGUGAAAAGGUUAAAAUUUUGGAAGACAGAAUAAAUAAAUUACAAGUUUUACUCAAUGAACAGGCACAUGAAAAAGCCAAAAGAGCUGAAAGAUUAGAAAUUAUAGCCAGUGAACAAAAGAAGCUUGAAGAAGAAUUAAAGCAUGAAAAAGAGGGACAUGACGCUAUUAAGAAGGAGUUGGAAAAAAUCUUGAAUGAAAACAAACAAAUGGAAAUUAUUUUGGAACAAAAGAAGACACACAGAGACGGUUUGAUAGCUGAAGUAGAAAAGUUAAGAAGUCAGAGAGUGUACGACGCGGAUGACAUAAAAGCCCAGGUGGAGCAAGCAACACACAAUGUGCAAGAGGCAGAAGAUAAACUAACAAGCUUAAGAGCAACAUUAAUGCAGAAAGAGAAUUGUCUCAAAAAUUUGCAAGCAAUAAAACCAAAUCUUACUAUUGCCAACAAUUUGUUACAUGAAAUAAUGACGCUCACUGAUAGCUUGAAUGACUAUGAUUCAGAUGAUUUGGAAUCUGACAGUAAAGAAGGAGAGUUAAAAGUAUUUAACACUGAAUUAACUGAACUAGAAACUAAACUAGAGGAGCUGAGAGCAGCACGAGCAGAAGCAGCUAAGAAGAGGGAAGUAAAUCAAGCGAAGAGGCAACAAGAGAAAACUGCUGCACUAACAAAUCUUCGUAAAGCAGAAGCAAUGGAGAAGGAGCACAGGGAACGCGCUAAGAAAGCGAUGCAAGAGAUAGAAGAUAUUAAACAGCUUACUGUAAAAUAUGAAUCUGAGAAAUCUAAAGCAAUAGAAGAACUUGCCAAAUUGAAGUAUACCUUUACAAGCGAGUUAAAAUCAGUUGAAGAUGCCAUUACAAAAAAAGUAAUGGAAGCACAGAAAAUGAUUGAAGACAAACUUCGUAAUCAUCGUUCUUAAUGUUUUAUUUGUGAACAAGAAUACAAAAAACGGGGUAGGCGGCCUCCUAAAUCGAUUUUUAUAUUAUAAAUUUAUAGUAGACCACGCCAUAGACGAGACAAACUUUCACGAGAAUUUCAAAAUAAUUAAAUGCCGUAUUCAAUGCCUCAGUCUGAA